AGUGAAAAUGCGACGCGGUGCGGUCCGUACGCGUCUUAAUAAAUACUUUUAUAUAGUUUUGUAACUUAAAUAGUUAGUUUUCAAUGAAAAAUGCACAAAUAAAUGUUUAUCUUUGUGAAAUAAGUCAGUGAGUGUACGAUCGUGGGCCGUUUGACAUGUGUUCUCGAUAAAAAUCUGUUUCGAAAUUCAAAAUUGUUGUGUGCAGUGCAAAAGGUGUGUUGAGAACAGGAUUUUGUGAUUUCAAAACUUUUAUGCAUCAGAGGAGCGAGCGAUGUCGCUGGGAGACGUGACGUCAGCGCGCAGCUCUCCGGCGCCAGAAGCGUGUCCCGAGUGCGACACCAGCGCUUCUGUCACUUCUGAUCUGCAUAAGUACCAAGUAGCAUGCACGUGCAAACCAGCAUCAGCGCAGUACGCAUGCGCAGACGACCCCGGCCCCCCUCCCCCCGCGAAGACCGACACUCCACCCGCGCUCCCCCCUCGCCCGCCGACCAGCGUGCUCGCUGCUACUAAUAGAAGGAAUAAUGCAUCAGUGGGCUGCAACGGCAACGAUGGGACCUGCCGCCGCCGCAAGUACGCGUGGUGGUGCGUCGGCUGCGGGGCCCUGGCUGCAGCCCUGGGCGGCUUGUUGGCGGCCCAGCAUAUUCUGCUGCGAGCUUACACUGCGUCCCCACAGCAUUUGGAGACGGUGCCUGCUGCUGUGCCGGCGGCUAUGUUGGUGCUAACAGGCGUCUGCAUCAUGAGCCUGGCGCGGCGCCGCAACCGUUACAGCUAUAUGGUAAGAAAAAUAAAAGUGGUGGGCGCGUGCUGCCUGGUGUGCGCUCUCACGUGUGUGCUCGUCACCAUCACCACCACCGUCAUACAUAUGAACAAACUGCAAACGCUGAAGUUCUGUGAGUACACGAAGCUAACACGAACCUGUACGUGCUUCUCCAUGCCGCCUGAUACUCAGCACAGUGCUGCUGAUGAUGAAGGAGUCCGCUGCGUGUUCGAGGGCGUGUCGGAGUGCGGCGUGGUGCACGGCGCGCUGUACUGGUGCCUGCGCGGCGUGUUCGCGCUCUCCGUCAGCGCCGUGCUCGUCUGCAUCUUCAGCUGCAUGCUGGCCUAUCAGCUGCUCAGCCAUGAACGCAAGAAGAUGUACUGGGAACAGCUAGAACUUCGCUGCAGGUCUCUGUAUCGACCCUCCGCCGGUCAGGCCGCGCCUACGGCUGGUAGACAAGUACAGAGUAAUUGCAGUUGUUGUGCGCAGUGUCACCCCACACAGCCUGCUUGGGACAUCAGUCUGCAACACAGAUUCUGGGCACCAGGUCGUAUAGGCAAUCUAUACUCCCCUAACCCGGGCACCGGCAGGAAGACUUCGGCUUGGAGCUGGUUCCCGUGGCCUAGGAGUAACAGUCAGAAUUCCCGCUGCCGUCCCCCAGCCCCCCAAUCGGGUGACAGUGCAUACGGGUUCUGCGACAGCGACGCGCCGGCGGCGGCGUACGCCGAGCGCUACCCGGCCGCGGCGCCGCCCGCCUUCAGCCGGCCGCACGGGAACAACUUCGCGCAGGGGAGCGGACACUUUGCGCAGGGGAGUGGCAGUUUUGUGCAGGGACAAGGCAGUUUCCCCCAGGGUAACUUCACAACGGAAGGGUUCGUGGAAUCCCGCGGCACCGUGGACGUCGCCACCGGAGUGUGGGGGCCGCCCCCGCCUUACAGCCCUCAGGGACGGAGUACUACUAGACACCAUCUUCACCACCAAGACCCAGCAGCGGCCACUUUACUCCACCAUCACCACAUAGAACAUCGCACCACUAUCCACGAACCCACCCCCAUUCACACCACCCAACCCCACUCCCACACUUGCAGAAACAGCUACCUCAUACAAAACCCAGACAUACGACACAACGACAGAAUCAACCCAGAACUAACGCGUAUAAACCCAGAAUUACAACGCAUAAACCCGGAAUUACAACGCAUAAACCCGGAACUAACGCGUAUAAACCCGGAAUUGGCAAGAAUGAAUCCAGAAUUGACGAGAGUAAAUCCGGAUUUAGCGGAAUUCGCGCGUUUAAACCCGGAACUGGCGCGUUUAAACCCGGAAUUGGCACAUAUGGGUUUGUACCCAACGGAUGUGGCGGAAAUGGCGCGUUUACAAGCGGAAUUGGCGCAUAUGCCACCGGAAGCAAGGUUUAACACGUUAAGGGGACAUUUGGUUCCGUAUAGAUGCCAGAGAUUGGGUAUGAGUGCGAGUAACUUGCACAGAGAUUGUAGGAUCGAUGAUAAUGUUACUAUUGAGUGUUUGCAUCAGAAAACUGGCAGUAAAGUUUCAGAUCAAAGCUCGGAUUCUUGUCAGAAGCAAGGAAAAGAGAACUUGGGCUUCCAGAACGACAAGCAUUCUCCUAUCAGAUCGUCCAUGCAAGACUGUCGCGCGGCCAAUCAGAACGCCGAGUCUGAAGUGUACUUCGCAGACGUUUCUAGCUGUUGUAAUGUGUCUGUCAAAGCGGACUGCUGCAUGAACGCAAACGUAUCAGCUCUAGUUGGUACCAUAGAGAAUCAUCCCGAAUCCACUUCCGAGUCCGACACCGGCUCCUUCACUCUAACGCGACAGCAACGGCCGCAGCCGCAAGUCGGCUCCAAACGUCGGCCGAGACAAACAGACAAACAUGCGAAAAAUCAAGAUAAAAUACGGCAAGUAUUAAACAAUUCUAUAAGACUCACAGAACAUCAGAUAGAACAGUUGAAUAAUUCCAUGAGAAUGAACGAAAGAAUGGAACGAGAACGAAUGAGUGAACGAAUGGAUUCGAGAGACAGGUUGAAUGAGAGGAUGGAAAGAAUGAAUGAUGUUAGAAUCAGUGACAGGAUGAAUGAGACACGGUUGAGUGAGAGAAUGAAUGAUUCGAGGGAUCGGUUGAAUGAAGGGAGGGAACGAAUGGAGAGGUUGAAUGAUUCUCGUAUCAGUGAUAGAAUGAAUGAGACUAGAAUGAGUGAGCGGAUGAAUGAUUCUAGAGACAGAUUGAAUGAUUCAAGGAGUUGUGAGGUCAUGGAUCCGAGGAUAGAACGAAUGAAUGACUCCAGAAUCAGUGACAGAAUGAACGAGACUAGACUAAGUGAACGUUUGAACGACUCUCGCGUUUGCGAGCGUAUGACAGAAGCUAGAAUAGAAAGAAUGAACGAUUCAAAACUUAGUGACCGGAGCGACACUCGCCACAGUGACCGAAUGAACGACACGCGUCACAGCGACCGAAUGAAUGACUCCCGUCUUGAACGAUUAAACGAUUCACGUCUCGAACGAAUGAGUGAACUAAACUCAAGCAUUCGUAUCGACGGCAGUCCAAAAAUGCGAGCACAUAUAAGCCCACUGCGCAUCGCUAGAUCUAGCCCUAAGAAUCUACCUAAAGACCAUCCCAGACAAUCAAGUUCUGACUCGAACAAGGCAGAUUUUAGGCAAAUUUCGCCUCUGUCUCCUAACACUGAAGAAUCAUUAUUAUCUGACGAUGAAAGACCUCAGGAUCAGGUAUAUUCUAAUGACCCCGAGACCUCUAAAUGCUUGGGACCUGACUCUCAGUAUGAACCAGUAAGAGAUGGAAAAGAGGAAAUUUUGAAAACCAAUCAUCAUCAUUGCUAUAGUGAUACUAAUACCAUGGAUUCGGGAUGGCAAAGUGGGUCUGAAAAACAGGUUACAGACUAAUUUGGUCAGAAUUCUGACUUUUUAUUGCAGAAAAGUUUUCUGACUGGUUAAAAAGUGGUCCUAAAUGAUGAGACGUGAAAAUGUGUUCUGGUGUCCGUAUGUAUGUGUGAGGUGAUCUAUGGAAUUGCUAAACGUUAUUGCAGCUGUAAAUCGUCUGGUAUUAUAUGCAUAUGAAAUUACGCACUAAAAGACGCACAAUUUUACCAAUGAAAAUCUGUUUUGCAGUACGUUUGUAAACACACUCAAUAAUACUGUAAUGCGGUUUUUCCUUAAAAUAUUUAGUGGGACUAUAAAAACUAAAUAUUGAGUUGUACGCACAACCAAUAAUAACUAAGAUUUUGAAAUUGUGAUCACUCAAAUUAUAAAAAUAAAACAAAAUUUUAAUUGUCUAGUACUCUCGGUCAUGUGUUCUAUGUGCUGUGCUAAAAACUGGAGUUUUUGUAAAUGAUAGACGUAUUACUAGAUGUUAAAAUUAUUUCUAAUAUCCUGUACUUGUCGUAUAAUUACGUUGAUUAUAAAUUAUUUUCUUAAAAAUAUUCCUUAGCUAUCUAAUUUAUUGAUUGUGCAUUUAAAUCAUAUUAAACAUUCAUUCAUUUUCAUUGCCAUUCAUUCAUUCGUUGCUCACCAUUCAUUCACCUUAAUUUUUAUUGAACAUCCAUUCAUUAACCGCUCAUUCAAUCAUUCACAUUCCAUUACUCAUUCGUUCAAUCAAUAGAUGAGUUUGUAAAGGAAUAUACAAAGAGAAUUGAUAAAUACAUGGUGUUGUAUUUUUGCUUUUAUAAAAAUUAACGCGAAAAACUUGCCGUUUCUCGAAUUUAAAAUUGUAAAAUUAUUUUUAAUUCUUAAUAAAUGUAGCUAUAUUGACUAUGUAAAAAUUGUAAGUGUGUUAAUAACGCUCUCUAAAAGUAAAAUAUAUGUAUUGAGAUUAUUGUUUUGUAUUUAAAAACAUUUGAAUUUUUAGAUCGCGUAGUAAAAGUUUAUAAAUAUGUAUUUUUAUUUCAACGAUAGAUGUUAUUAUUAACUUCUCUUGAAUAAAAACUUUCGAACAACGUAAAGGAAAAUAAAUUCUGACUAGAUUUGUAGCUAAACAUUUGGUAAAAAACUGAGAAAAAAGAAAUGAUUUGUCAAAAUUAUGUCCAAAAACAGAUUAUUUUUUAUCUAUAACAAUAACGUUUCCGCCAUUUUUUCGUUUUCUUGCCAAAAAAAGUCAUAUUCGCUGCUUUGCCCCGAAUAACCGCAAAAUCCAAAAACACACAUUUUGCAGGGGAGCUAUUUGAAAAUUAAACAAAAUAUUUACUGCCAUAACUUUUCUUGUAUUUAAUCAUUAGAAUAGUAGAAUGCAUAAAUCGAAAGGACAUUAAUGAAUGAAUAUUGCAGAAAAUACAACUAAACUUUUCACUUUAAACACACGAUUAUUUGGUAAUGUGCUAUUAUUCCCGAAAGUUUUGAUGUGGACACGCGAAAACAAUAAUACCUAUCAACUGGCGAUCGUCGACUGUUGCACAAAUAUGGCGUGAUAAAUCAACCAAUCACCCGAAGCCGACCCCAACAUGAUUGGGAAAAAGGCUCGGAGGAUGAUGAUGAAAUCAACCAAUCACAUAACGACUUCUUUACUCGCCACUACGUCAAUUUGCCGGUAUGAAUGUGAGUCUUACAUACCAUAAAAUACGGACUAUUUUGCAAGUUCCUGUGUUAUAAACCAGUAUUUUCAAAUUUUUGGUUUGUGCGUGUAUUCAUGCAAAGCAGCGAUAUUGUUUUUAAAUGGUUCAAGCAUUUAUGGACUUUUUUUUUAUUCAGAUUUAACUAACUAUAAUAUUUUUAUUUAAGCAUAAGUCUAUGUGCAAGUGAGAUGCAUUACAUUGCUGAUUUUCGUAUUUUGAAUAAGAAAAUACUCCAUAAACAUUGUGCCAAGUAGAAUAACGGAUCAGUUCUGAAUAUUAUCCAUUCAUCUUUGUUUUGAAAAGAUUUUAAAUAAAAAAAUAUAUUUGAUGACUUUUUCUGAUUUAAGGGCUUAUUACUCUUGACUAAAGUCUGUAGGAUAAUUAGGUUUCUAAUUGAUUUAAUGAAGCCUACCUUCCUAAAUGCGAAAACUGCCGCUAGGUAUUAACAAUGAAGAAUUAUUUUAGAAAACUAGUUUAAUUUCAAUAAAAAAAAGCUUUGAUUCACACUAAUAAAACGACCAAACUAAGAUGAUUGACAUUUUUACCCAAUUGUCCAAGAUGGGUAAAGAUUCUAACUAUCUGUGAGGUACCAAUGAUCCUGUUGAGAAAUGAAUUACCUUCUAAAAACAUACCUUUGUAUAUUUUGUAGAAGUAGCUCAUUUCAAUAAUUUUUCGUUGUAGAUUUUUUUUUUGUAUUCAUCCGUCCACUCAUUCGUUCUUUUAUUUCCUUAUCAUUCUUACAUUCACACCUUCAAUCAUUCAUUCAUAUUUAAAAAUAAAAAACAAUAAAAAAUCAAGUACCUCAUAUUAAAAUAGCCACAAGGCUAUUUCCCUAAUAGCCUAUUUAAACAUCAGUUUACAAAAAAGUUAUUUUUUAUUGAACAAAAUAAGUGUUGCCAUAAUGGUUAUUUUCUUCCAUUUAAAUUAAAGCAAUAAGUUGUACAUAUUUUAUAAUAAUUAUAAUUAUGUGUAGUGUAAUUUUUUGUCUAUUAUUGUGAAUUAUGCAGUAAUAUUUUAGUAAAUUAAUUUUCAACCUACUUUGCAAUUAUUUUCAAUUUUUUAUUUUUUAUAAAAAUUUUCAAAAAGUAUACUUUUUUUACUUUACUAUAAUAUUACUGCAUAUAAAAUUAGUAGAAGCUAGAAGAUUUGUCACUGUAAUGCCAAUAUGGAAUUGUUUUUUUUUAUUAUUACGUAUACAGGGUGUGAACACGAGUUUCUACCACAAUUGUAUGUAGUAAAGCCAGCCUUCCAUGAAGUGAUUUCAUAGAAAUAAUGCUGAUACUAAUUAAAUACAAAUGAAAAAACAGUUUUUGACGAUUCUCGUUUGUAAUCACCCUGUAUACAUGUUGUCUACAAUUGAACAUUUUGUGUACAUUCGUUAUACUCGUAUUCUAGUGUGUUAGCGUAAACAUAAGUUUUUAAUGUUAAUCCAUUUGUUUACCUUGUUCCAACUUUUAUGAGAAAAAAAAAACAACUUUUUUCAACUUCUCUAAAAGUGAUGUCAAAAAAUCCAACUUAUUUCCAUUAACUAUUUUUAAUAACUCGACGAAUUAUGAUAAAAAUAAUAAUUAUUAAAAAAUAUGGUAUUGUAUUGAUUAUAGUUGUGAUUUUUCAUUUACUAUUAGAUUUUAAUGUUAAGGUUAUUUUACUUGCUGUGUACCUAUAUUGUUAGAUCGAUUUAUUGAUAACGGUUCUAUUAAAAGACUGAAAUCUUA